AUGCUUGUGAGAUUUUGGCAGAUAAAAGACGCAGUAAUUGUCACAUUAGCUUUAACUAAGAGGGAUUUAAUGACGCUCAAUGAGGAAGAACUAUCCGAAAUUAAACAAGCUACUGAUAUUUUAGGGGUAUUCAGUCAGGUUACGGCAGAAAUAAGCGCAGAAAAAGGUGUUACAAUUUCGAAAGUUUUAUACUUUAUAAAAAUAAUGAAUCGCCAUGUGUCUUCUGAUAAAUUUUCAGACGAAAUUUUAAAGCCAGGGUGCAAAAAUAUGGUAUAUAAACUAAAACAAGAAUUGAAAGAAAGAUUCGAUAAAUACGAAGACAAUGAAGUUAUUUGUCAAGCCACAUUCCUAGACCCAAGAUUUAAACAAUUUAGUUUCAUUAAUCGCAAUAAAUAUGAAUAUACAGUUGAAAGACUGCGAAAUAGACUCCAGUCAUUACAAUCAAAUAACAGUACAAUUCAAACUCAUGCAACGCUACCUCAACCUACAUCUACAGACAAUAGCUCAGCACAUUCAAUGAUUUGGGAAGAAUUUGAUAGUCAAGUACAAAACGUCACCUCCAACAUCAACCCACGAACAUCUGCAAUAUUAGAAAUAGAUCGAUAUAUUAAAGAACCUAUAUUACAAAGAACCGAAGAUCCACUAAAAUGGUGGAAUGACAGACAGGCAAUUUUUCCUGCUCUAGUUGACCUAGUAAAAAAAAGACUUUGUAUUACUGCAACCUCAGUCCCAUGUGAGAGACAAUUUUCAAAGGCAGGUCUGAUAAUGACAGAUAAACGAAGCCAAAUGAAAGCGAGUAAGCUGUCUAAAGUAAUGUUUUUGCAAAGCAACUUGCCAAAUUAA